AGCAGCGGAGGGAGUCUGUACCCGCAGCGUGGAUAUGUCGGACCCGGCUACACAGGCCUUACAGCCCCGGCUUCUCCAAGCCCAGUCGAGCGGCUCAGCGGGAUCCGGUGCUGCAGCAGCAGGCUCCGGUACAGGGAACAGCGACCCGGUUAGACCAGGACUUAGCCAGCAACAGCGUGCGAGCCAAAAGAAAGCCCAAGUCCGAGCUUUUCCACGGGCGAAAAAGCUUGAGAAACUUGGCGUAUUCUCCGCGUGCAAGGCCAGUGACACAUGCAAGUGCAAUGGAUGGAAAAACCCAAACCCCCCUUCAGCUACACGGAUUGAUCUGCAGCAGCAAGCAGCCAGUCUGAGCGAGCCCUGCCGCAGCUGUGGACAUGCACUGGCUGAUCAUGUGUCCCAUCUGGAGAAUGUGUCUGAGGAUGAGAUUAACAGGCUGUUGGGGAUGGUGGUUGAUGUCGAGAACCUUUUCAUGUCUGUACACAAAGAAGAGGACACUGAUACCAAACAAGUGUACUUCUACCUUUUCAAGCUACUGAGGAAAUGCAUCCUGCAGAUGAGUCAGCCUGUUGUGGAGGGAUCCCUGGGAAGUCCGCCGUUUGAAAAGCCCAACAUCGAGCAGGGCGUUUUGAAUUUUGUACAGUACAAGUUCAGCCACCUUGCGCCAAGGGAGAGACAGACCAUGUUUGAACUAUCAAAGAUGUUUCUCAUAUGUCUGAAUUACUGGAAGCUUGAGACACCGACGCAGUAUCGUCAGCGCACCCAGAAAGACGAUGCAACAGCAUACAAGUUGGACUACACCAGGUGGUUGUGCUACUGCCACGUCCCGCAAAGUAAUGACAGCCUGCCUCGCUACGAGACCACGCAGGUGUUUGGCCGAAACUUACUCAAGUCCAUCUUUACCGUUACUCGCCGCCAGCUCUUGGAGAAGUUUAGAGUGGAGAAGGACAAACUGCUGCCAGAGAAACGCACACUUAUCCUUACGCACUUUCCCAAGUUCUUGUCGAUGCUGGAGGAGGAAAUCUACGGGGAAAAUUCACCGAUAUGGGAGGCUGACUUCACCAUGCCUGCCUCAGAAAGCACACAGAUUGGACAUCAGACAGUGAUCAGUCCUGCUUCAGCGUCCGGGUCUCCUGCUUUGUCCAAAUGUCUGAACAGCUCCUCCUCUCUGGGCAGUACGGAUACAGGAGGCGUAGAGCCCAUCACAGGGGACAAACGCAAACUUCCAGAGGCAUUGACGCUGGAAGAUGCUAAGAGGAUCCGUGUGAUGGGGGACAUUCCUAUGGAGUUGGUGAAUGAAGUCAUGAUGACGAUCACUGAUCCUGCUGCUAUGCUCGGACCGGAGACUAAUCUGCUGACACCUAAUGCUGCUCGUGACGAGACAGCCAGACUAGAAGAGAGACGGGGCAUCAUUGAGUUCCACGUUAUCGGAAACUCCCUUUCCCAGAAGUCCAACAAGAAGAUCCUGAUGUGGCUUGUUGGCCUUCAGAACGUAUUUUCCCAUCAGUUACCUCGCAUGCCCAAAGAGUACAUAACACGACUCGUGUUUGACCCGAAGCACAAAACCUUAGCCCUCAUUAAAGAUGGCCGCGUCAUUGGAGGCAUCUGUUUUAGGAUGUUCCCCACUCAGGGCUUCACAGAGAUUGUGUUCUGUGCUGUCACAUCCAACGAACAAGUCAAGGGCUAUGGCACCCACCUGAUGAACCACCUGAAGGAAUAUCACAUUAAACACAACAUCCUUUAUUUCCUCACUUAUGCUGAUGAGUAUGCCAUUGGCUACUUCAAAAAGCAGGGUUUUUCCAAAGAUAUCAAAGUGCCCAAGGGUCGAUACCUGGGCUAUAUCAAAGACUAUGAGGGAGCAACCUUGAUGGAGUGUGAGCUAAACCCAAGGAUUCCCUACACAGAGCUUUCACACAUUAUUAAAAGACAGAAGGAGAUUAUAAAGAAGCUGAUUGAGAGAAAACAGAGUCAGAUCAGAAAGGUUUACCCAGGUCUGACCUGCUUCAAAGAGGGUGUGCGACAGAUCCCAGUGGAAAGCAUCCCUGGAAUAAGAGAGACAGGCUGGAAACCCAAUAGCAAGGACAAAGGGAAAGAGGUGAAGGACCCUGAUGUGCUUUACAACAUGCUGAAGAACCUUCUGGCACAAAUAAAGGCUCAUCCUGAUGCUUGGCCUUUCAUGGAACCAGUGAAGAAAUCUGAAGCUCCUGAUUACUAUGAAGUCAUCCGCUUUCCUAUUGACCUGAAGACCAUGACAGAGAAACUCAAGAACAGAUACUAUGUAACCAAGAAGCUCUUUAUUGCGGAUCUUCAGCGAAUCAUCAGCAACUGUCGCGAGUACAACCCUCCAGACAGCGAGUACUGCAAGUGUGCCAACACGUUGGAGAAGUUCUUCUACUUCAAAUUAAAAGAUGGAGGCCUGAUAGAGAAAUGAACUAUAACUUAUGUGAAAAACAUAUUGCCAGCUUUCGUCACAUCUGGGGUAAGAAAAAUGUAUGAAAACAAUACAAUUUGGAAAGGAUUUAUGGGACUUAAGAAAAGAAAGGCAUCACAGUCAGCUGAGCAUUAACAGUGUCAAACUGACAUCUUCUUCAAGUCAUCUUGUGGCAUUUCCCAGAACUCAGUGGGAGAAUAAUGUGAAUUAUUCAUGCCUCAUUGAGUGUACCAAAGUUUUACAGGUCCAAGAUUUAAAACUGCUUCUGUUGUGUUAUUUACUGAUUCAUAUUUAUUGUCAUUGAAUAAUGGUUUAGUUGCAUAAAACAAGACACAGGAGCCAGUGUAUGUUAGAAAACUGGACUUUGGGACCUAAAGCCAUGUUGCCUUCUGUUACUGAAAGACACUUGAACAUCCCAGCCAGUUCACAGACGUGAAGAUUGCCCUUCUCAGAGGGUUUGUUUGGAGAGAAUGAAAGUUCACUCAAAAAUACUGAGUCCACUUGAAUCAGUCUUUAAUUGAAAAAUGUAAAUAGAUUUUUGUUUGCUAUAACAUGGAAAAAAAGUGUUUGUUUUUUUUCCCUCAAGUACUGGUGGUCUUUUUUUUUUUGGAUUAUAGAGAAAUAAGUUUUAUCAUCAUUUAGGGAAACAGCUUUUUAAGGCAUUGUUUACUCCAGACAGAUGAAUCUUCUUCUGAAGUUAAAGGACAUGUUUGGCCUCACUUCCAGGCAUGGAAUUGGUUUUAAAUAUGUCCUGUGCCAAACUAAGCAGUUUCCAGAAAACAAACAUUUUUGUGAUCACAGCGUCACGCACUUUCAUGAUAUUAAAGAAGCUCUCCAAGCGUCAUUCUGUUAGCAAGGUUUUGUACCAGAUACUUCACUACAAGGUCUCAUUAUUAGCUUUAAAAAAUCCCUGUAUUGGUGAAUAGCAGGUGAUGGCACCGGUUAGUUUUUUUUUUGUAGUCAGUUUUCUCAAACAUGUUAUAAAUAGUACUGUGUUUAACAUAACACACACUUUUUUGUUGGAUUAUUGAGAUGAAGAUGCAAACAAAGUGGGGAGAAGAGAUCCAGGAAGACUUGACUUUGGUUUAAUUCCAUAUUGACUGCACACAACCCGAAGUAGAUGUUAAUUCAUAACAGUUUACAUUUUUUCCUUUUUUAGAAAAUAACCCACUUGUUUUUGCUGUUUGUACAUUUGCUAUUUACCUAUAAAACAUUUUUUUAUUAUUGGUCAGUGUCAAAGUGCUUCCUGAGCUGCAUCUAGUUUUUCAGGGAGGUAAAUGUCAAAUGCUGACUGAUUCAGCGUAUUGAAUGUUUCAUUGACACUGUAUGUGUGUGAUAAUCUUUUAUUUUGUACUUGAAUGACUUAAGAGCUUUGUUGAAGUGAUGUCAGUGCUGCAUUAUUCAGGGUUUUCAAUAACGCAAUUUCACCUUAAAUCCACCUAUGCUGCAUUUCAAUCUCUUAAUAAAAAAGCUUCAGUUGGAGUGAAGCUUCCGGCUGUUGAAUUGAAUGCCAUUUACUGUAAAACUGUUCAUGACAAUAAAUAAGUUUUUAUGUAAGUAUUUGAUCAUGUUUUCAGGUGAUUUCCAUCUCUGACUCACUCAGUAAUUACCCUGAAGAAAAGCAUCAACUUGUGUGAUUUAACUUGGAGGUCAUCCAAGAGGUUAAUCAUCUAUGGAAAUUCUGGUUCUAAAAAGUAUAAAGGUAAUCUUUUCUUUCUACUAUAGUGAAAGAAAUUGUCACACUAGUAUCGUGUGACAAUUAUUGAAUCUGUAAAGCCUUUAUCAUCCAUUUUAAGUUGUAGUCCAUGCCUCAAGUGUGAGAGAUUGAAUAUGAUGGGAUGAGGUCUGGUUUGCUGUAAAGUUGGUCCUGUCAUUUUGGAGAAAGAGUGUCUAUGUCCCAACUCGCAUAUAUUGUUACAAGAUAUGGAUUCUGUCCAAAAGAUUCACAUACCACAUAUAUGCUGAAAGUUACCUCCACCAUUUCUAGGUUAAUUCUUAAAAAAAUGGUUCAGAAGCCCCAUCUUGGUUUUGACAGAAAUUUUCUAUGGAUUCUGACUGGAUUUCACUGGAUUUAAUUUACAAAGCUUGAUAGGGAAAAAUGUCAAUGUGCAAAGCUUGUGGAGAGUCAUCAAUUGCAGUGAAAACUGGCUGAUGUCUUAGAUUUCUCCUUCCAUUUCACAAGUGUUGAUGUUUGUGGUUUUGAUAUAGGAAGUACAAAAGGUACUUGGAAUAUAGAUAAUUUUGGGAGGCAUAUUUCCAUUGUGGGUUUGUAACCAUAGGAUUCUCCAGAGUCAGCUGGGAAGACAUGUUUGUGUUCCCUUCUUGGAUCUGUCUGCUACUCAAUCUCAGAGAAGUUAGAGGAUAAAUGGAUGUGCCUUUCCUGCCGCAUUUUUGUAUCUGCGUACUUGAUUGUGCCCAUUUAAUUAAAAAGGCAUUAAUAUCUGCCCAACAUUUCAAAAGAAUACAUUAGACGCCAUUAAGUUUUAUUGUUUUUUUUGACUUGGGCAGAAUAAAUUGACUUCACUGCUAAUGGGUCUGGUGUUUCAAAAGUUAGUUGCUUUCCUACAGAUUAGUUUGCAAAUAGCUCUGGUUUAACUAGGCAUUAAAGCGUCAUUAUUGGACAUAAAGUGAUAAGCUAAUAAGCUAAUGUCCAACACAAAAUUACUUUGUUCUAAAUUUUUACGGCUGGGCAAUGUAUCGAGUAUAUGUUGAUACAUAUGUUGAUGAGUGAUAUAUAUUUGUUAUAUUGUAAACCACAAAAUAGCAAAAAAUAUUGGGAUAAUAGAUUUUCCUCAUAUCGCCCAGCCCUACUGCCAAUGGAUACUUUGAAAGAAACUACAAAAUGAUCUAGUGUCAUUUGUGUUUAAACAAAUGUUUCAGCAUUUAUAAAUCCGAAACUGCAACAGCAAACUAAAUAGGUGUGUCUUCUGCUGCAAGGCUUUAAGUUUCACUUUCCCAAAAGGAAAAACAAACAUGCACUGCUGUUAAGGGUCUGCGUGCAAAGUCUUACUGUUGUGGCCAUUCAGAUAUGUUAGCAGUUUUAAACAUUUGAAGCACCCCAGGUUGGAUUAAAUCAAGUUUGUGCGAGAAUUACUCCACAUGCUUAGGAUUUUGUUUUUUACUUCUUUUUUUUCUCAUUUGGCUCUCUAUACAGCUUUUCUUGUAAUUAUUCUAUCAAACAGCUGUUCUAAACAUUGUGCAUUCAGGAAGAUAUCUAUUUUUGUACAUUAUGGUCUAAGUCAGGUGUCAAACUCCAGUCCUCAAGGGCAGGUGUCCUGCAAUUUUUAGUUGUGCCACAGGUACAAAACACUGGAAUGAAAUUGCUUAUUUACCUCCUUCUUGUGUAGAUAAGUUCUCCAGAACCUUGAUAAUAAUCUAAUUACUCUAUUCGGGUGUGGUGCAGCAGAGGCACAUCUAAAAGUUGCAGGACAGC